UGUGAUACUAUGGGAUUUACCGAUAGCAAGAUGAGUGAUUUGAACUUCCUGCCAAAGAAGCACACCAAUUUCAGUAUCGAAAACAUCCUGCUGAAGCAAAAGUCGGACUCCAGUGCUGGCAGGACGUUCGAGAUCGAACAGAAGGUGGACCUUACGGUGAAGACCUGCAUCAAGUACGAGCAGGAUGACCUCAAAGUGGCAACGGCGCCGUCCCCGUCGACGUCGUCUACUCUGCAGCAGACGCGUCCCCUGAACCGCGUUCUGGCCAAUCCCUGGUGCUCGCGGGGACCGUUAAUGUUUGACCCAAAGAUGAUGAUUAGUGGCGCGAAGGCGACCACAACGGCGACAGCUGCCCCAGCAUCGAUGGCCACGGCGACAUCCUCACUGGUCGAAGCCCCGCAACAGCUGAUCAAAACGGAAGUCGAGAGAAAAGUGGUGCUAAGCGCGUAUGCUAAUAGCAGUGUAAUUGAACGAAACAGAUUAUCUAUCAAUUAUCCCUAUCCGGUCGGGUUCUUCAACGCGUAUGCUGCGGCAGCAUCGAUCGCCACCCAUCAUCAUCAGCAGCAUCUCAAUCAUCAUCACCUGCACCAUCAGCAUCGACUGGAGCAACAAAGUGUCACAGUUCCGACGGUCUUGAACUCGUUCCAUCUGGAAAAGAGUGACGAAAAUCAGAACAGCAUCUUCCCGCUGACGACCAGCCUGUCCAACGGUAGCAAUAGCAACAGUAGUCACGGUAGCUACCCAUCGGACUCCACCCCCGCAAGCAAUCCACAGCAUCCAUUCUUUGGCCUAGAGUCCGAAGACUUGCUCAGCUAUGGAGAGUUGCGGUCUCCGAACGGAGCGGGGUCAUCUCCCGUCGGCGGAGCUGCGACAGCGUUUGGAUCGUUGGUGGGCUUGCCGGAGUUUUCGUUCCAGUGCCAGAUGUGUGAUAAAAUUUUCGGCAGCCAGGAUACGUUGAUGCUCCACGAGAAAACGCACAAGAGUCCGCGCUUCGAGUGCGAGGAAUGCGGCAAAGGGUUUUCCCAGCUGCGCAACUACAAGUACCACAUUUCGGUGCACCGCGGAACGAAGGAGUUCGCCGCCAAGUGUCCCGAGUGCGGCAAGGUGUUCAACGAUAAGGGCUACUUGAGCUCGCACCUGAAAAUCCACCGCAACAAGAAGGAGUACGCGUGUCCGCACUGUCCCAAGUCGUUCAACCAGCGCGUCGCCUUUAACAUGCACGUCCGCAUUCACACUGGAGUUAAACCUCACAAGUGCAACGAGUGUGGAAAGCGAUUUUCGCGGAAAAUGCUUCUCAAGCAGCACCUGCGAACGCAUUCCGGGGAAAAGCCCUAUCAGUGUUCCGUUUGCGGCAAAAGCUUCGCGGACCGCAGCAACAUGACGCUGCACCACCGGUUACACUCGGGCGUAAAACCGUUCGCCUGUCCCGUGUGUCCGAAAGCGUUCACCAAGAAGCAUCAUCUUAAAACCCACAUCAACUAUCACACCGGCCACAAACCGUACACCUGCCCGCACGCCAACUGCGGCCAAACCUUCACCCAGUCGAGUAACAUGCGGACCCACGCAAAAAAGUGCCAGUUCAAGCCACCGGAACAGGCUUGA